AGCAAAGCAGGUAGAGUCGAGCCGAGCCAAGCCGUGCUAUUACUGUGUCAUGGGAGAAAAACUAGGUCAAACCAGGUCUGCAGUGUUGUAAUAAUUCAACAGGGGUCAAUAGGCUUUCAAUUUGCAUCACAGCACACAGGAUUUAUUUCAUAUGGUAUUUUACGACUUCCGUGUUAAGAAUUCUUAGUUCAGAUUUACCCCAAGUCGUUAAUGCUAAUUAGGCAGUUUGUGCUAGCUGGCACAACAAAUGCAAAAUGUCCUUUUGACUGUGCAAACAGUCCACAUGGUGUUCAGUGCAAAUGCAUCUUUAUGUGGACAAAUGUCUCGAUUAUUUUCUUUACUCGUUUUAUAUCCAGCGGAAUUCACUAAAUGACCAGAAUAUCUCUUUUUGUUGCGUCUUGAUGCCGGACAGUGAGUAACUUAUAAUAUUUGAAGUGAGAGAAAUGGAAAGUUGAGUUUACGACACGUGUACUUUUACGACACGUGUACUUUUCCUUCACACAAUCAGCGCCAUCUCACUGCUUCUCUAUUAUUCCAGCUAUUCUCAGUAUGUUCAGCUCAUUUACUGCCUUUACUUUAGUCACACAAAACUGGCUCUACCUGUUCACCGUGUGUGUGUGUGUGUGUGUGUGUUUCCUUGCUUUUGUAACCUUUUCAAGGGCUUUUUCUGGUCUUAACACCAACUUUUUUUAGGUCCCGUAGACCCAAGCCUGGUCCUAACGAUUCAAAACCUAAUUUCUGAGGCUCUGGUUUAAGGAAAGAUAAGGAUUAAGAUGUAAAUUGUGGUAUGCUUACGAUUAGGGAUAAGGAUUUGAUUAGGCUGUUUUGAAAUCUUAUUGCUGUUGGCAGCCUGUCAAACCAGGUAUUAGCAUCAGUCCUCAGUCAUGUGCAUGUGUUUACAUGCAGGUGAAAAGUCAGAUUUUAGUCAGACAAUAAUUCAGUUUUCUUACAGACUUGGCGUUCUGCACAUGCGCCGCUGUCCUCCCCAGUUUUCAGAGGUAGAAGAACACGACGUAUAAACUGCGACAGCAGCGUCUUUCUUCGGACAACACGAAGAAAUCUAAUUUAUAUCACGAUUAACAAGCACAGCAGUGUAGCGUGGGACAACUGUGAUGGCGCUGCCUGCAGCUUUCCUCUCCGAGGACCAGUUCACCUGCUCCAUCUGUCUGGACCUCUUUAACAACCCGGUCUCGACGCCGUGCGGCCACAGCUUCUGCAAGUCCUGCAUCUCCUCCUACUGGGGCGGAUUAGGAGGAGCCACGAAGAGCUACCACUGUCCACUCUGUAAAGAGUCGUUCCGGAAGAUACCGGAGCUUCACAUCAACCACACCCUGAAGGACAUCACUGAGCGCUUCAAGGAGGUGACCAAAGAUGGAGUGCCUCCAUCCCAGAAGACGGGAGAGAUGCCGGAGGGCAUUUUUACCGAGAUGAUGACACGUUUUCAGAAGUUACAUCCCAGUGAUUCUCUGCACCAGAGUCAGGAAAGAGUCCGAGCUAAACUGGCCUCACACUCUCAGAGCAUGGACCACGACCACCCACCUCCUCCGUAUACAUCCACCCGGAGGCACAGUGUGAGCGUUCUCGACGACUCUGCGUCUCAUCUGCCUCCGUGUCCCCUUCACCUGCGAGGUCUGGAGUUUUUCUGCCGCAAUGACAACACCUGUGUGUGCAGCGUGUGCGUGGAGACGGCAGAGCACAGAGGUCACACCAUCGUCCCUGCCAAGAAGGAGUGGCUCAUCAAGAAGUCUCAGUUGGGAAUUGAAGAGCUGGAGCUGAAGGAUCUGAUCUGUGUGAGAGAGAGGAAAGUGGAGGAAAUACAGAACUCCUUACAACAGAUAAAGGCUGCUGCAGCGAGAGAAACAGACGGAACAGUUUGUGCAUUUUCCAAACUGAUCACCAGUGUUGAGCGCUGCCAAGCUGAAGUCCUGGAGAUGAUAGAGAUGAGUCACCGAGCGUCGGAACACAGAGCUCAGACUCUGCUCAAAGAGCUGGAAGAGGAGAUCGCCGAGCUGAAGAGACGCAGCAACGUACUGAGUCAUCUGGCUGUUUCUGAGGACUACGUCCUCUUUCUCAAGACGUUCGCUGCUCUGUCCACUCCUCUACAAACCAAAGACUGGUCCAGUGUCCCCGUGUCGUCUGAGCUGACCUCGGGUGUGAUUGUCAAGGCUGUCGAUUCAUUGGUGGAGAGAUUUCAGGAGGAGAUUAAGAAGCUGCCGGAAAUCUGUAAAUCCUCACGUAGAAUGGAUACAUUUUUAAGUGACAAGAGAACCACAGUGGAACACUCUGUGCCCAGACCAAACACAAAGACGAGGAGGGUUCAGGAAUAUGCAGCCGACAUAACUCUCGAUCCCAGAACCGCACACCCACGUCUCUUCAUAUCAGCAGAUCUGAGGCAGGUUCACUGUGGUGACCGACAUCAGCUGGUGCCGGACAAUCCGGAGCGAUUUGACCGGGUGGUGUGUGUUCUGUCUCAACAAGGCUUCAGCUCGGGACGGCAUUACUGGGAGGUGGAGGUCGGAGGGAAGACGGACUGGGACCUGGGCGUGGCCAGCUGGUCCGUCAAUCGGAAGGGCAAAAUCACCGUAAGCCCCGCCAACGGCUACUGGUUCCUCAGCCUGCGUGAUCGCACUGAGUACGCGUUCCGAACAGAACCCUCCACCAGCAUCAGCGUCAACCCCAGGCCGGCGAGGAUCGGCAUCUACGUGGACUGCGAUAAGGGGGUGGUGUCCUUCUACAACGUGGAGGCCAAGAUGCUCAUUUACACGUUCACGGACAAAUUCCCCGACACCAUCCAUCCGUUCUUCAGCCCCUGCACCAACAAGUCGGGAAGGAACGAGGCUCCGCUCGUCGUCUGUCCCGUUUCUACGGUGGAAUGACGUGAGCGGACACUUACAGGACAUUUACAGGAUAUUUAGAGGACAUUUAGAGGACAUUUUCUCUUUUCAAUUAAUGUCUGGAGCCUUCUUUUUUUUCUUAAGCCCAAAGAACAAGUUUUUAGUUUGAAUUAAGUUUCGUCCAGAGAAAUGUGACACUUCUGUGCAAAAGUCUUAGGCCACCAUUAGAUUUGUUUUUUUUUUAGCGAAUUCUCGUUAUAGUGAUAACGAUAGUUUUUUCACGUUAAACCCGUUCUUUAUUUAAGGAGAAACAUUCCCGUUAAUAAAUUCUGUUAAAAUUAGUAACUAUCUCAUUAUUACAACAAUUUUGUUAUAAUGUGACAUUUUUGUCAUUAUACGGAGAAAUCAGUCUUGUAAUGAUGAGCAACUAUUUUCGCUAUAACGUAAAAUGUUCUCCUAUUUCUAUUUAAAACUACUUAAACAAUUUUGUUACAACGAGAAAAAUAUAUCAUUACUUUCUCAUUGUCAGAAAACUAUUUUAUCAUGAGAAAAAUCAAGACUGUAAAAAAAUGAUUUCUCAGACUGUAAAUCACUAACUGUCAAACUCACUAAGUUACUUGUGCUGUGUUCAAGUAGAACUCGUAAUCACGUCGUACAAAUAUCGUAAAACACCGGUGUUUUCCCCUUUUAUACAAAUGCGACAACUGCUCAAUUUGUACAUUUUGUAAAAUAUGUUUGCUUUUUUUUUCUUUUAAUAGAAUUAAACAGAAAAAAGUGUUUCAUGAGAUGUUUGUUUGAUAAAUUUAUCAAAAAUA